AUGGGCGGCGGCAACAACCCGCCGGGCUUCCCUCACUCCAACCCCACAGUUAGCUACUGGCAGGACCCUCCACACAAGAUCGCCAAUCACCGCACCACGGAGACCCUCCCGGACCAGACAUGGGACUACGUCAUCGUCGGCUCGGGGAUCUCGGGCGCCGCAACGGCCUUCAAGCUGCUCAGCCGCGACCCAUCACUCAAAGUCGUCAUGCUUGAGGCGCGGACGGCCGCCUCGGGAGCAUCGGGACGGAACGGCGGCCACUGCCGGCCGGGAUGGUGGUCGAACUUUCGGCUGUACGCGACCGCGUUCGGCGUCGACGAGGCGCUCAAGUUCGAGGCGCUGGAGGAGGGUACCGUCCAGGACAUUGCCGACUUUGUGAGGGAGCACAAGGUGGACAACGACUUUCAGGACGUCGAGACGGCAGACAUCUUCGUCACGGCGGCGGGCUGGGAGGACGCCCUGGCGAAGCUGGAGUUCCGGGAGGAGGUGAGGCGGCGGCGGCGGCGGACAGACGGCGAUGGCGGCUCGCGCGUGAAGAAGACUGUCCUGCAUGGCGACGAGGCCAGGAGGCAUGUCGGAAUGCCAGACGCCCACGGCGCGAUUGUGUAUCCCGCACACGCGCAGAAUCCGUACCUGUUGGUUUGUCGGAUGCUGGAGCUGGCCAUGGAGAAGGGGCUGAACUUACAGACGAACACGCCCGCGCUGGCCGUCAAGCAGGAAGACGCCGCCGGGGCUUGGACGGUGGACACAGACCGGGGAACGGUCAGGGCCCGCAACGUCGUGCUCGCCACCAACGCCUACAGCAACAGCCUGCACGCGGGUCUCGCGGGCACCAAGUUCCUCAUUCCCGCGCGCAGCCAGGUGGCGGCCCUCCGACCAGGCAAAUCGAUGGAUCCGAACUUGCUGUUUGGUCGCAGCGGCGGGCCGUGCGACGCGCCGACUGGCGACUACUUCAUGACGGCGCCGCGGGGCUCGCGCGGCGAGGGGGACGUCCUCUGGGGCGGUGGACGCAGCGUCUCCGAGACGAGCGAGGUGGGCAUCACGGACGACUCGAGCGUCAACGAGCGCGUGGCGGCGUAUCUGCACCGGGCGCCGGCCAUAUUCUACGGUGCCGAGAAGUGGGGACGCGACGGCGACGGGUCCGACGGCGUCGUGCGCGACUGGACGGGAAUCACUUGCUAUACCCCCGACACGCUGCCGCUUGUCGGGGCGGCUCCGGGCGAGCCGGGCCUGUGGAUGACGAUCGGGAUGAACGGGCACGGCAUGGCAAUGGCGUUCCGCUGCGCGGAGGCGCUGGUGCAGACCAUGCUGGGCGGCGAGGGGGGAGACAUGCCGGAUUGGUUCCCCAAGUGCAUGCGGCUGGAGCGAGCGUGGGAGAAGCCCAAGCUCAACGUCCGCACUGCGUGGUUUGCCGAGUGUUCCUGA